AUGAAUAUUUUUGUUAAUUUGACAUCAAUAUAGAAAUAUAUCUCACUUGAAAAUUUUGAUGAUUCAGCUAAGGAUGCCUUGCUGAUCAAUAGUCCAAGAUCUUUAGAGGCAUGUCGUAGGUAAGGCAUUGAGCCAAGAGAAUUAGUGUUUCAGAGUUUAAAAAAAUUCAAGAAAUCCUUGGGAAUCGAAGCGAAUUCGCUUACUCCUUAAAUUAUUCAGAUGAGAUAUGAGCAUUUUGAGUAAAGAAGAAGAGAAAAAUUAUAGAUUUUGACACAUGAAAGAUUAACUGUCUUGGGUGAUGAAAAAAAAGGUGUCUGGUCACCUGAUAAAGGAUCAGCAUUUAGAAAUUAGCUAUCAAAUCAUAGUAGUGGUAAUAGUCCUGUAAGAUUAGGAGGAGUUUCAUCUGCUGGUAAGAAGAAUAGUGUGCUCCCAAUUAGUAAAGCAUUGAGUUCAGGACCUAUGGAUAGUGCAAUGAUUGAGAAGGAGAGACAAGCAUUAGAGAAAAUAAAGCAAAAAUAGCAAAAGGAAAUUGAAUAGAUGAUGGAAUAUGAAAGAAAGAUGCAAGAGAUAAGAGACAAGAAUGAGGAAAAGUAGAUAAAAGAAAAAUAAAAAGAAGAACAAAGAUAAUAAGAAUUAUUCUAUAAAUAAAAAGAAUAAGAAGCAAAAAAAGCUUAAGAAGAAGAGAGAAGAUGA